AAGCUUUUCGUUUUUUUCUGUUUUUCAUACCACGCAAACAUACUUUUAGACGUCACUUUGAGUUAACCAACGAUCCAGCAAAUUUACACCACAGCCUCAUUUUCAUUGCAAUUAAACUUUGAUUCGAUCUCAAUAAGCAGCACAACAGAAAGCAGCCACUAGAGGCCGCACUAGCAGAGACUCAAACACCCAGAUCAAUGGAGAGAGAGCGAAAAAGAGAGAGAGAGCGAGAGAGAGAGAGAGAAUCAAUGGAAAAACAGCAAAAAGGAGAUGGUGAGAUUGCAUGCCAUUGUUUCCUGCAAGACAGAGUGGCAGAGUGAAGAGAUAGAACAACCAGGGAGGGAGGGAGACGGAGAAGGGAGCUCAACCACGUUGCCGGUCCUCUUAGAUCCUCCUGCAGCCGUGUGAGGCAGAGUGAGCGGAGGAGAGGGAGGUGAGAGCACAUCUGAGUCCCGUGCAAACAGCAGGACCACAUACCACUUGGCCGAGACAUCGACAGCGAGCCUCACAGGACGGGUGACUGGCCCGGAGGACGUCCGUGUGCUGCCACACACACACACACACACCGAGGGGGAGAGAGGGAAGAAGAUUCCUCGCGGUCCAAUUCUAAAGCUUUCAUCUGGUCACUUGGAGCCGCCGCAGCUCAGAAGACCAACACUAAAAGGAUCAACUGCGGUUGGAGCCCUCAAGGUGUGAGUUCACAGGAGAGGUGAGGUCUCUUCCCAGCAUGCCACUGGCGCGCCAGCAUCACCGGGCCACUGCGCCCACAGCAGUCUGGAUCCUUGCUUUUGCUCUGUUUAUUGCUCUACAGGGCGCCGCUCACGCUGCUCCGUCAGGAGACAACAAGCUGGUUCGUACCACCAGAGUGAGGCGUCAGGCCCCGGGGGGGAAUCAGCCCCCCUCCGCUCCCUCAGCCAACGAGAGCCUGCAGGAGCAACCUCUGGUCUUCAACCACGUCUACAACAUCAAUGUCCCCUUGGAGUCCCUGUGCUCCGUGGACCUGGACGCCUCCGCGCCACCUGCCCCGGGGGACGGUGCUCGCACUGAGUUGGGGUCAAGAGCCUCGGCGGAGGGGCCAGUGGAUCACAGGGGACCGACCGAAUACACGGAGCAGACGCUGGAUGCAGACAGCCAGGUAACAUUCACUCACCGCAUCAACAUCCCAAAAGCUGCAUGCGGCUGUCCGACAACAACCACAAUCCAGCAACUUGCCACCAGGGUGGAGAUGCUGGAGAGAGAAGUUUCCCUCCUCAGAGCUCAGUGUGGGUCUGGAUGCUGUGGGGAGAGCUCCGCCAUGGGUCAUUUAGACUUUGUCCCAGGCUGCAGCGGCCACGGCAGCUUCAGCUUCGACCUUUGCGGCUGCAUCUGCGAGGAAGGCUGGGGCGGCAAAAACUGCUCGGAGGCCCGCUGCGUGGACGACUGCUCCGGCCAGGGUGUGUGCGUGGAAGGCGAGUGCAUCUGCGACCGCGACUUCGGCGGCGACAACUGCUCGGAGCCGCGGUGCCCGGCGGACUGCUCGGGCCGCGGGCUCUGCGUCGACGGGGAGUGCGUGUGCGAAGAGUCCUUCACCGGCGAAGACUGCGCGGUCGGGAGGUGUCUGAACGACUGCUCGGACCAGGGCCUGUGCGCCAACGGGACGUGCCAGUGCAGGCCCGGCUACGUGGGGGAGGACUGCUCGCUGGUCUACUGCGCCAACAACUGCAGCAAGAAGGGAGUCUGCAGGGAGGGAUUCUGUGUCUGCCAGGACGGCUUCGCAGGGGACGACUGCAAUUCCGUGGCUCCGGCCAUGAAUGUGAAGAUACGAGGCGUGACGGAUUGCUCGGUGGACGUGGAGUGGGAGGGGUCUGUUGUGCUGACAGACUUCUUAGUGACCUACACACCAAGCAGCCCCGGAGGUGUGCAACUGGAGAUAAGGAUUCCAGGCAAUACCACCGCCUACACUAUCUCGGGCCUGGAGGCCGGCAUGGAGUACAACAUCAACGUGUUUGCCGUCAUUAACAACAGUAUCAGCGUCCCUGCCAGCAUCACCGUUUCCACCUAUCUCUCCAAUCCGGAUGGGUUAGUCUUCAAAUACAUCACAGAGACGUCAGUGGAGGUCCAGUGGUUACCCUUCUACUAUUCCUUCGAUGGAUGGGAGAUCAGCUUCAUCCCCAAGGACAAUGAUGGGGGGAUGACUGCACAGCUGCCCAGCACCAUCACUUCCUUUGUUCAGACUGGUUUGAGACCAGGGGAGGAGUAUACCGUCAACCUAGUGGCGCUCCGAGACCAGGGUCGAAGCCAGCCGGUCACUGCUACUGUCAUAACACUGAUUGAUGGCCCUACUCUGCUGAUUGUGCGCGACGUGUCCGACACCGUAGCGUUUGUUGAGUGGACACCGCCGAAAGCAAAGAUUGAUCAGAUUGUGCUACGUUACGGCCUGGUGGGAGGAGAGGGCCCGCGGACCACCUUCCGCCUCCAGCCCACACUCAGCCAGUACUCCCUGCAGGUUCUGCGCCCCGGCUCCCGUUACGAGGUGUCCGUGAGUGGAGUGAGGAAGGGAAACGAGAGCGGCUCUAUUUCCACUGAAUUUACUACCGCUUUAUCGUUCUUCUCAGAGAUCGAUGCCCCCAAGAAUCUGAGACUCGUGUCCAAGACCUCGACCAGCCUGGAGAUCGAAUGGGACAACAGCGAGGCCGAGGUGGAGGGCUACCAGGUGGUGUACAGCACUUUAGCAGGAGACCUGUACGAUAAAGUCAUUGUGCCACGCAACGAGGGAACCACCACAAAGACCUCUCUCACAGACCUGCUGCCCGCCACGGAAUACGGCAUCGGCAUUUCUGCCAUGAAGGGGAGCAACCAGAGCGCACCGGCAACCAUGAACGCCAGGACGGGCCUGGAUGUGCCCAUGGAUCUGACUGUGAUGGCUUCGACAGACAACACCAUCACUCUGGUGUGGGGCGUGGUGCAGGGCCCCAUCGACCAUUACAAGGUCACCUACACAUCCUCCUCCGGCAUCACUGCUGAGCUGAAUGUGCCUAAAGAUGUUACCACCACCACUCUGAUUGACCUUGAGCCCGGGACUGAGUACACCGUCACCGUGGCAGCGAGGAGAGGAAGGCAGCAGAGCACUGCAGCUACCAUAGACGCGUUCACAGGAAUCAGGCCUGUAACCCACCUCUACUUGUCAGAGGUGACCUCAGACUCAGUGUUAGUGGCGUGGAGCGCUCCGGCACCGCCCGCUGACCUCUUCAUCCUGAGCUACAGCUCCGCAGAUGGGACCGACACCUCUAAGGUGACGCUGGACGGCUCCAAGAUGAGGUCACAGGUCCUGGGGCUGCUUCCCUCCACCCAGUACACCGUCAGUCUAAUCACGAUACAGGGGGAUGUUACCUCUGAGCCCAUUACAGCAUCGCUCACCACAGGCAUGGACCCGCCAAAAGAGAUGACCGUGUCAGAUGUGACGGAAGAUGCGGUGACUAUUUCUUGGAUCAAACCGCUGGCUCCAUUUGAAUAUUAUAAGCUGUCCUACCAAUCGGCCAGAGGCCGCGUGGACAGCGUGGUGAUUGACAGCGAUGUGAACAACUACACCUUGUCCAGCUUGUUCCCUGCCACAGAGUACGAGAUCAGCCUCAACGCCGUCCGGGCGAGUCAGGAGAGCAAAGUGGUCAGCACCUCCGUCUUCACAGCAAUGGACAUGCCAUCUGAAUUGACAGCACUCAACAUCACCCCUCGAGGAACCUUGCUGAGGUGGAAUCCACCUGUUUCCAGUGUGGACAACUACGUGCUGACCCUCACAUACAACCAGGUGACAGCUGACACUUUCCUUGUGGAGGGAAACCGGCAGGAGCACCAGCUGUCCAACCUCAAGCCAAGCACCACCUACUCUGUAGCCCUCUACGCCACCAAAGGACCCCUCACCAGCGGCACCGUCAUCACCAACAUCCAGACGCCCAUGGACUCGCCCCUCAACCUGACGGCCAGUGAAGUGAAUCACCGCAGUGCUCUCAUUUCCUGGCAACCGCCCAUCGCCGAAAUCGACAACUACAUGCUGACCUACAGGUCCACUGACGGCAGCCGGAAGGAGCUGAUCCUGGAUGCGGAGGACACAUGGAUUCGCCUGGAGGGACUGGCAGAGACCGCGGAGUUCACUGUCAACCUACAGGCUGCGAGAGGCCUUGACACCAGCGCUGUGGUCUCCACCACCUUCACCACAGGGAGUCGUCUGUUUGCAACACCUCAGAAUUGUGCCCAGCACCUGCUGAACGGAGAGACGCUGAGCGGCGUCUACACCGUUUACAUCAACAGAGACCCGAGCCAGGGCGUGCAGGUGUAUUGUGACAUGACCACGGACGAAGGAGGCUGGAUUGUAUUUCAGCGUCGUCAGAACGGCCUCACAGACUUUUCCAGGAAGUGGAGUGACUAUCGGGUCGGCUUUGGAAACCUGGAGGAUGAAUUCUGGCUCGGUCUGGACAACAUCCAGAGGAUUGCUGCUCAGGGCCGUUAUGAGCUGAGAAUCGACAUGAAGGACGGACAAGAGUCGGUCUACGCCAAUUAUGACAAAUUCUCCAUUGGAGAUGCGAAAAAUCACUACAAGCUCCGACUCGGAGAGUACAACGGCACCGCAGGUGACUCUCUGAGCUACCACCAGGGCCGGCCCUUCUCCACCAAAGACAGAGACAACGACAUCGCCGUCACCAACUGCGCCUCGUCUUACAAAGGAGCGUGGUGGUACAAGAACUGCCACAGGGCCAACCUCAACGGCAAAUACGGAGAGUCCAGACACAGUCAGGGUAUCAACUGGUACCACUGGAAAGGCCACGAAUUCUCUAUUCCUUUUGUGGAGAUGAAGAUGAGGCCAUUCAACUUCCGUAGCAUCAGCAGCAAGAGGAGGCGGUCCGCCCCUGUGUAAACAAACGGCCUCCUCCCACCCCAGACUCUUGGAUAAAUGGAGUUCGGACUGUGUUUACUGAUGUCUCUGCUCACUGUGUGCACCACUGAAGUGCUCUUUGAUGCCUUUUGGUGGAAGAAAACGUGAGGUCAUAAGAAAAAGCUACUAAUAUUUUAUUAAUAUUCGGUUGGAAAGAAAAAAGGAAAUCUCUAUAACUAUUGAUGUACUACCAACACGCAGAAACCGUUAUAACCCUUGACGUGAUCAUGAAAUAUGAGAGAGGGCGAAACCGUGUCCGAACUCUGUUUAUCGCCGCCUCAGCCAGGCUUUAGCUGUCUUUUCCUGCUGUACUUCUACCCUGAUGAUAGAGGACAAUGUAUGUAAUUUAUGAAAUACUUUGAAUGACAAUGGUUCUAUUUGCCGUAAAAAAAAGAGAGAAAAAAAAUAGGAAAGGCAAAGCAAGAAGCUUUUGCUUUUCUUUAAGUCUGUGAUUUUUGCCUUUCCUGGAAUGCAAGGAAAUGCCCUUAAUACUGAGAGAGCUAUUAUUUUAACCCUUUUGAAAAAACAACAACACUUUUAACAAAAAGAUACUGUAAAUGCCCUUAAAACCCUUAAGUGUAAGAUAUAUAUAUAUUUUUAUAGCUGAUAUUGUGAAAACUUCAUCUAUUUAAUAUAAUUUGAUGCAUCGGUGUUUGAGCCUCUAUUAAGUUAACCUAAUCGUAAAACAUGAUAACACUGGACAUAAGAGAUCAAAAUAAUAUCGAAAACUAAACUGAACCUCCAGGAUUAUUAUUAUUCAGCUUGCAGUGCACCAGCAACAGCUUCAUUACCAUGUAUUUAGUCUAUUUUAUUCAUCUCUGUCUGUGUUACUGUUGAAUACAGUAUCCUUUGUGUUAAUAAUGCAAAAGGAUUUUUUUUAUAUUAAACUGUUAUUAUUAUUGGUACCAACACUGAGAGAAUUUGCACUACAAGUGGGAACACAGCAAAGUUGUUUGCGUUUUUUCUUUUUGUUCUUGGGCAUUAAGAUAUUAUUUCCUUGACUUUAUUAUCUUUGGCCCCUACUUUUUAGAUGCUGCGAUGCCUGCAGAGAUGAUGCAGAUAGAUGGAACAUUUGAAGCUGAGGAAGGCCAUUUAAUUUCGGCAUUACAGGGAAAAGAUUCCACGAUAACCUUUCAGCAUACUUUGGGAUUCAAGUAGUUCUUUGAGGCUUUUUCUGCAAAAGGCCAAAAAACACAAUGAUUUGAAAUGCUCAUCAAACCAUGCUCACCUUGCAGAUCUUAAGCUGUUCAAUAGCAGAAACUCUGCACGAAUUCCGCUGGAUCUUUUUUAUGUGAUUCGCGGCUCUAGAAUGUGUCAAUACCGGCGAAGCGUUUCAGAGAAUAAAGAGGCGAUGCUGCUGAUAAUAAAGCCUUCUGCUAACCGCAGCUGUAGCUUCUGCUUUUUUAAUUUACUGGAGCUGCAAAGCUAGAGAAACAGUGUCUACAUCUCUGAACUGCUUCACCAAUAUCGUCUCUUUUUUUUUUAAAUGUCCAUCUUCCCUUUUUGGGGGGUUGCUAUGGAGUGUAGGUUGUUGCCAGUGUCCGAAGAGCACCUGUUGCUGGAGGAGGGGCCACUUUACGAUUUCCCCGUAGGGACAUUGACGUACAUCCGUAUACAGCCCAUAGGAUACAUCUUGUAUCUGUUAUUAUGGAGUUUUUCCCCAAUGAUGCCGCACAUAUUUCGGAUACCCCAGCUUUAACCAAAGAUCUGCAUAGUAAGGACUCAAAAUUUGGUCUGCUUUGUCAUCCACGUCACUAAAGCAGUUUUUCCUCUUUUAAUAGAUCUUCACUUUCCAGGGACGUCCAUGUCCUUUGGUGUUAGUUUAUGCAAUGUGAACACUGCCCUCUAUGCAAAAGAAAGUGGGGUGGGCACAGUGCAGCGGCUUUAGCCUGCCGUAUCCCCCACUGGUUGCUGAAAUGAACUUAACAAAGACAGCAGAACGGUCCGUGGAGUGAACUCUUUGCUUUGCUACUGAAGCUCCCCAGUGAAACAACAAAAACAACCAAUAUGGCAGAGGAAGUAUCCCUUUUAGUGGGGUGGGCGCAAUCUGCAGCAUGCGCACCAAGCGUUUUCUUUCAUUCAGUGUUCACAUUGUCACACAGAGAAAAUGUCCCGUCUGAUACAUCCCUUAAAAAUCAAUGUAACCAAUCCUGCAAGCAACAUUUAGUUUCAUAUAAAUGUUCAAUAAUCUGACUUAAAUAGUUGGAAAGAUUACUCUUAAGGAGCCUUGGUCAGAAAACCUGGCUUGUUUCUGUAUAUUUUUAACUUUGCCCUCUAUGAACUACUAAUAUACUCACAUAGAUAUAGAGUUGACGAUAACGUGACUUUUAAUGUGUUACCCCUUUAGAUGCAAACUAAUUCGUUCUGCCCUCUGAAACGUUCCCCUUUUAACUUCUUUUAACCAUUGUUAUGUUGAAGGUUGAAUCGAUCCCACUGCAUGUUGACUAAAUCGAGAAUCUAAUAGUGAAUAACACAAGUCAUGAGAACAUUUUAGUGACAUAUUUUUUUUUGCUGAUCCGGGUAAAAGGUUCUCUCGAAAUAGUUUGUACGGUAGCGUAUGUAGAUAAUAGAGAUUCAUUAAGCAUCAUAGCUGUUGUGCAAACAGUCAAAUUGCCCGCAUGGGUAGACUAAAACCAACAUGACCUAAAAUGUAAUCUAUAAGAAAGCGGUUUAAACAUGUGACCUUUCCCAGGUCUGAUUUAUGGUUUACUGUCAUGGUGACUGUUUCAGAGCCUCUCAUGCAAUCCAUCUCCCACAGUGAUUUAUAGUAGAAUAGGGAAUUCUCCCAGUACUUAUUUCAUUAACUAUUUAGAUGAAGUUUGCCUCUGUGCAUUUUGUAACAAUAGACAAAGGUCACGAAGCUUUGCAGAAAAAGAACAGAAUGUUGUUUGUAAUGUAAGGGAUUUAUCUCAUGGCAAACUAUAAGAUACUCUUAUUAUAAGUGUUUUACUUUUUUUUUUCUUUACUCGUUCAUAAACUUUAUUCUGUCAAUCAAUGGGAAACCCACUAAGGGAAAUUUUUUGGUUCAAGUUGCUAUGGACAAUUUUAAUUAUUCAAUGGAGGGAUUGUCUGAAAGGAGAAUCCCCUCCAUCUUUUUAAAUCCUUACAGGAAACUAGUUAAUCAAAUUUAUUCUACGUUAUUAAUUGUCCAAUUACUCCUACUGAUGCAUCAUUGUGUGGAAAUACAAUUAACGAUACAUGGUCUCCUGUAAUAUCAAAGUGAAAAUGCUUUAUUUCAUGGGUUUACUUUUAAAUGUAAAUGAACUGAUAUACCAGCCUGCAUGGGGAUAUCUGUUAUAUAAGUCAGACACUGAAACUGCAUUGAUUUCAAAUCUUGCCAUGAAAUAUACCUGUUGAUAAAAUCUUGACUGUGAGAAGUUCAUUAUGCUGAAACUAAGGAUUUAUUGAUGGAUAGCCUUGGAUAUUACUGUCAAAUGAAGCUCUAGUUUGACUUAAACAUGUACUAUAUAGUUCCUUUUUUAAUACAUUUUCUACAUAUUAAUAAAAUAUUCAAAUCGUC